CACGACUCCAGUCCUAUUCGUACGCGGCGUUUGGCCAGAAGUCCCCGUCCAGUUGCGUUCAGUGAGCCGAGGGAAUUCGGUUUGGUGGAGAGUCUUGAGAGUGACUGCCACCGCCCGCUGAUUAAUUCGUGCCAAAACAUUCGUCGUGAAAAAGAAAAGAUCAUUGACGCAUCAGUCACAUUUACGAUUCAAGAAAGAAAAAUAAUUUCGUCACAAAUUGCUGCGUGAAAAGGGAAAAUAGUGUGUAGUGAAAGUUUGUUCUGAGUGGAUUAAUCCAACUAACUGUGUUUUGCAGCUAUUAAAUCUGUAGUUCAAGUUCAGUAGAGAAGAGACCACCACCGCACCCGUAAUGAAAUCGAUUCUGGUUACCGUUCUGGCGCUGAACUGCCUCUAUCUGUAUGCCGAGGCGACGGACGUGAAGGCGUGUCCAUCUAAAAAAUCUAUGAUUCCAAUCAGCGAGAACACGGUUGACAUCAGCAACUGCGUGAAAGGUCCAUGCAAACUGAAGCGCAAAACGAACAUAUCCAUCAACCAGAAAUUCACACCAUCGGAGGACAUCAAAUCGCUGACGACGACCGUGUUCGCGGAGGUGCUCUCCCUGCCGCUUCCGUUCGUUGGCGUUGACGGAACCAGCGCGUGCGAUUUCAUCUUUGCCGAAGACGGCGAAACCAAGCUGGGCUGCCCGCUGAAGGCCGGCGUCCCGGUGGUGUACAAGCGGUCGUUCCCCAUAUUGGAGAUCUACCCGAAGAUGAGUCUCACUGUGCACUGGGAGCUGCAGGGUCGUGGCUCCAAGUCGAUCACCUGCUUCGAAGUGCCGGCCAAGAUCGUCUAAACUACAAGAGCGGGCGAUAGGACUGUUGAGUUGGGUGUUUUGUUGGGAAAUGUUGUACCUACCUACUGUGACAUGAUGAAGUAUUUUAAUCUAAUAAACGUGACUUAUUUGUGGA